ACGACUUGAUGUUCUUUAGAAUCCAAUCAGUUGUUUUCAAGCUGCUCGUCAAGAAAGAUGUUCCUAAAAUACACAUCAUUGACUUUAGUACUAGUAAUACAUUUUACGACCGGGUUUUCCCUCAGCCGUCGCGUCAAACGUCAACAGUUCAGAUCAGUGCCAUCGUGUACUGUUUCGCACGAUGAAGUAGAGGACCUGAUCCGUAUCACCACGGAUUUGAGCAAUGCCAUUGAAAGUGUUCAUCUGGAUAUUCGUUCCGGGUUCGAUGAGGAAGCGGCAAAUCGCGAUCGGUGCUCUAAGCAACUAGGGCAAUUCAGGGAAACUGUGUUGAAUAUCAUCCGCAGCUACAAAAGCAUAGAUCGCAGUAAAAUGAGUCAGGUACAGUAUGACCGCGCGAAAGCUCGUUAUCAGGGUGACAUCCAGCGUCUGCUGAGAAAGGUUGACAACUUGAAUCGUGAUGUGGAGGAAAAAUAUAGAGGCGAGGUCGAAAGACUGCGUACUAAUAUGCUAAGCUUCAAGUCCCAGGUGGAUGAUUAUAUUACGGAGUUAGAACAAGAACGUGCUAAAAUUCGAUCAUGUUCUGUACGAUUGGUAAUAGCAAACGUGCGAGCUCGGCGAUAUAAGGAUGCUGCCACAGAAUUUAUAGCCCUGGCUGAUCGACCAUUCGAUCCAAUUGUGACGGAUGUUUAUGAAGAUGAACCACAGAAUGCUGAGUUGGUGAUGGAUUUCCUGGAAAGCAUCGACCUAUAUCAGGAACCCAUUGUUGGAUAUGAAGUUCUAUAUCAACUAAUGAAGCGUAAUAAUCAACUUGGUGGGAGCAGCGGUCGCCGAUUUUUGCUACAUUUGAUGUCGAUGAUCCAAGCUGACGACGAAAACACCCGUAGAGCUCAGAAGUUGAUGAGCACAUUUAAGUCGGAAGUGCAUUAAACACAUGCUGCAUAUAUGAACGAAUUAAAAUCUUAUACUCAAAUUUAAAUAAAAAAUAAAUUUUUACUUCUUUAUUA